AUACACGCGGCCAGAAUCCAAAAAUCUAAUAAAUUAAGAAAAGGUUACUAUGAGAUGAAACACAAAUAUGCUCUUAUUGGAUUCCGAGCUUCCUCUGUCCCCUCUUAGAAAUCAACCAGAAGAAGAAGAAGAAAGACGACGACGAAUUAACUGCAACAAAGCACACACACACUCUCCUCACUUUGUUGCAGCUGAAGCAACUGGGAUUUUGGGGGUCACAAUUUAACCUACCCCUUCCGCAAUUCCCAAUUUCCAGGACGUGGGAUAUGAUGAGGGUGCUAGGUUUGUGCCAACCUAGUUGGGAUGAUCCGAUCGUUAAGGACAACUCAGUAGGUGCCCACGCUAAUUCUUCCAGAAUAUUACACUCCUGGCCCAGCCUUAGCUAUUAGUUUGCUGAUCACAUUUGAUAACCAGGAUGAAGAGGAAGAGGGAAGGACAUUUUUAAUCUCGUUUGUAAAGUUUCAUUUGGUGUGCACUACUAACCCAUGACUUCUUCUGUCCACGAUUAUUCUGAUAAUGGUGAGGCCGAUGAGCAGCGAAAGUACUCUGAAUCUCAGAAUCAUUCUUCAUCGGUCAUAAAUGGACUAAAUCAAUCAACCCCAAAUCAGUAUGUAGCGUCUCCCCAAGUUGGAGCAGGACAUUCUAUGGUACCCCCGGCUUAUCCAUAUCCAGAUCCUUAUUACAGAAGCAUCUUCACUCCCUAUGAUGCUCAACCAUAUCCUCCACAGCCCUAUGGUGGGCAACCUAUGGUUCAUCUUCAAUUAAUGGGGAUUCAGCAAGCUGGGGUUCCUUUGCCAACAGAUGCAGUUGAGGAGCCUGUUUUUGUCAAUGCUAAACAGUAUCAUGGCAUUUUACGACGCAGACAGUCCCGUGCAAAAGCUGAAUCAGAAAAUAAAGCUCUAAAGUCUAGGAAGCCAUACUUGCAUGAAUCUCGACAUCUACACGCAUUGAGGAGAGCUAGAGGUUGUGGUGGACGGUUUCUCAAAUCAAAUAAAAAUGAAAAUCAUCAAAAUGAGGUGGCAUCAGGUGAUAAAUCACAGCCAAAUAUAAAUCUGAAUUCUGAUAGAAGUGAUCUUGCUUCUUCAGAGAACUGAUGUCUGAGGCAUUGUUGGUGAAUGGUGAACAGCACAUCUCGACAAUUGUAAGGAAAUUGAGGUCUCAAUACCAGCUUCGGUUGUCUUAGCAUUACUUCAUCCUUGGUCUAUACUAGCAGCAUUAUAGCAUAUAGGUUUUGUAGCAUGUUGCUUAGGGAGGAUUCAAAAUGUAGCAAGCAAAAGUAUGCAAGUUUUAAUACCAUCGUAAAUACUGAAGUGAGUUAGCCGAUUGUUCUGUUUGAGUGGCGGUUGCAUUAGGUUUGCAAAUAUUAGAUUCACUGUUUUGUAGUAUUAGUUUCUAUUUACGUUGCUCCCCACCUCAAAAAUAAGUUCAGUGGUUGAAUCAAAAUGAUGGGAACUAGUAUUGUAACAUAUUGGUCCUAGCAGUAUUUUCUUAUUUUAUUUUUUCUGUUUUUAAAUGGCAGUUUGUACUAUCUUUUGCUGAGAAAAAGGUAAACAUUUUUCCUUGGCCAUUUUGGUUGUAAUGAUCCCCAACUUUAUAUUAGCUGAAAAAGACAACAAAUUUGUCUCUAAAGGUAGUCGUCCACUUAAAAAGUCCCCGGUUUUGAGGCCUUAUAUUUGAAUUAGCUUCAACAGAUUGGCACAGUACAUAUUAAAGCUGAUGUUGCUGAAACUUUUAUGGGAUGCUUUGUAAUGGAAGGAAUGGAGAUGGAGUCGACAGGAGGUCAGUUCUGGGCUCCCAUGGAAUGUACAAAAAGAGUAUACAUUCGUAGUCUUUGAUCUUGUUUUAGGAAGGAAAGGAUUGUAGGCAAGUUGAUACAGCAUCUAAAUAUCAGUCUUCAAAAUUGCUGCAGAAAAUAAUAGAAUCAGCCUUCUAUGGCUGGAUAUUUUGGACUUGUAAAUAACGAGACAGUGAUUACUAAUGCAGUAUUUCAACUGUUCUCACAACUUCCCCAACAUCUUUUGUUUAUUAAACGCUGCAGGAAACAACCUGAACAUCUUUUGGUUCUGGUGUGCUGACUUUUUUUCCGUGUCUUUCUUUGUUUUUCUUGUAUUGUAUCUUAUGUCAAUAACUUCUAUCAUUCAGCUUAAGCUGCUCCUAACAUGUAUCAUUCACUUGAGCUACGCA